AUGGAUGAUGAUCAUGUACAUGAUGCACCAGUUAUGGAUGAUAUUGUUAUGGAUGAUGACCCUGAUGAUGCUGACAUUGUUGAUGAAGAUAUCCUUACUCAGUGUGGACGCGCCCCUGUUUGGAAUGGUGUUGAUGAAAGGGGGCCGUUAAAGUGUCAUAAUCACUCGUCUAAGAUUCGUUCGUGGCCGUGGUGGGAACAAGGAAACAAUGCUACAUUUGUAAACAUUGUGGAGAUGUCAGGACUUGUACACUUAGCUCGUUGCACGUACCGCUUUGUUAACAAAAUUGUAGUGUCUAGUUUUGUUGAGAGAUGGCAACCUGAGACAGACACCUUCCAUUUCACUGUUGGAGAGAUGACUAUCACAUUGGAUGAUGUUGCCACUAUCCUAGGGCUUCUCAUUGUAGGCAAAUCUAUUAGUGUGCGUAAGUUGUCUGAAAGGCGGGCCAUUGCAUUAGUAGUUAAUACCUUGGAAAUUGAUGAGCAAGAGGUCAGACAUGAGAUGUCUACUGCUGGAGGCAAUUCAGUGCGGCUUGAAUGGUUGAGCGCACACUUUCAUAAUGUCAUAGACAAUGAUUCAAUGAAAAGAAUUGCAUGUGCAGGUAGAGCAUACUUGCUAUUUUUGUUGGGUUGUACACUUUUCAGUGACAAGACUGGUACUAGGGUUCUCGUUGUUUAUUUGAGUUUGUUGUCCGAUUUGAUGACUAUAUCUUCAUAUGCGUGGAGUGCUACUACAUUGACAUACUUAUAUAGAUAG